AUGCAUCUCCAUGGCACUGCAGCGAUCGCAUUGUUGGGAAUAGUUGCUGCCUUCAAGAUCACCGAGCACGACAAAUUGGCGGCGGAGGGAUUAGCCAAGGUGGUCGACGACGUGGCGACACAUGGCUAUCCGAAACCAGGGACAUUCGAGUCCACCAGGUCGCAGCUUACCACGCCCGAGAAGCUGAACUACAUCGACGCCAUCAAGUGCAUUCACAGUAAACCCGCUCUGACACCGUCUUCAGUGGCUUCCGGGGCCAAGAAUCGAUACGAUGAUUUCGUCGUGACGCACAUACUGCAGACAUGCUCUGUGCACGGAACAGCCAACUUUCUCGCAUGGCAUCGGUACUUCAUAUACGCCUAUGAGCAGCUUCUGCGCACCGAAUGUGGUCUCGAAGGCUAUCUGCCAUAUUACAAUUGGGCAUGGUGGCACGAAGAUCCUGCAAAUUCACCACUUUUCGACGGUAGUGCCACAAGUAUCGGAAGCGGUGGGACCUACGUCCCAGGAAGAAAUUAUACCUGUAUUCCCAACGAUCAACCAUUGGGAUGUCCCAUCAAGCUUCCGCCGGGAAGUGGUGGCGGUUGUAUCAUCGGUCCUCUCGCAAACUGGACAAUGAGCUUGGGGCCUAUCCAGAGCACAUUUGAAGGAGUCAAGCCGAACCCUCAAGCCGACGGUCUAGGCUACAAUCCGCGCUGUCUCAGUCGCGACGUGAGCAAGGAUGCUGCGUAUGGUUCGAGAGACGAGGAGAUUAUGGCAUUAAUCACAGGAAACAACAACAUUCUCGACUUCCAGAACAGAAUGCAAGGCGACUUCGCCAACAAGUACAUUGGCGUUCAUACCGCUGGUCACUACACAAUUGGUGGAGACGCUGGCUCAGACUUCUUCAAUUCUCCAUCGGAUCCAGCUUUCUUCUUCCAUCACGCCAUGAUCGAUCGCGUUUGGUGGAUAUGGCAGAAUCAGAACCUGGAGACAAGACGAGAGCAGCUCAUGGGUACUAUCACCUUUCUCAACACGCCACCAAGCCGAAACGGUACUUUGGAGGACGUGCUCAGUCUUGGACCAAUGUUCGAGCAACAGUUUCCCAACGUUACGAACGCGGAUGCGAUGAGCACAAUUGGCGGGCCUUUCUGUUACUUGUACGGCUAG